AUGAGAGACCCAGAGGAGCAAGAAGUGCAAGAUCAUGCCGCCUCUGCAGCAGCUGUUGCGCCCGGGACACCUGAAGCGGUUGAGCUGCGUGCUAUGGGAUCUCCUCGGUCCGGUUCUAGCCGCCGGGAACCCGAGUCGAGCCCGUUGGCAUGGCUUUGCGUCGUGGGCUCAUUCAUGUUUCUCUACCCAUCCUACGGUUUCAUGCAAUCCGUCGGGACCGUCCAGUCCUAUCUCCAGCUCAACCAGCUGAGCGCGUACCCCUCUCGUGAUCUGGGCUGGAUCAGCGGAAUCUUCACCUCGCUCGGCCUGCUGCUCGGCAUCCAGGCAGGCCCCCUCAUGGAUGCGUACGGCACCAAGUUCCUGGCACCCGCUUCCGUGGUGCUGUACGUGCCCGUGUUCUUCAUCAUGGGCGAGUGCACCGAGUACUGGCACUUCAUCCUCUGCCUCGGGGUGCUCGGGGGCAUCGGCGGCGCCCUCGCCUCGACCGUCGCGAUGGCGGUCAUCGGGAAGCUCUUCAACCGCCGCAAGGGGCUUGCCAUGGGGAUCGCCCUCUCGGGGUCUUCCUUUGGCGGCGUCACGAUCUCGAUGAUGCUGCGCUCGAUCCUGCCGACGCUGGGUUGGCAGUGGUCGAUGAGAGUCAUGGGCUUCCUCGUCCUCGGCAUCAUGACCAUCGGCGUCUUGUGCUUCCUGCCGUAUCCCCGGCUGUGUGUCGCCGUUGCCGGGGCACCAGUGGGCAAGACGGGAGCGAUGCUGAACUUCUCGGCCUUCCGGUCUCCUCCUUUCGGCUUCAUGACGAUGGGCCUAUUUCUUCUCGAGUUCGUCUUAUUUGGUAUAACGGGUCUGCUGCCCACCUUUGCGAUCGCCUCGGGAUUCGGUUCCGAUGUUGGGUACUCUCUGAUUGCUAUUCUCAACGGCACAUCAUGUCUUGGCCGCAUCAUGACCGGCAUCAUCGGCGACAGGCUCGGGCAUCUCAACAUUCUACUCACCAUGAUAGGAAUUACGAUCGUGUUUACCGGUGUCGUAUUUGUGCCUUUUGGGACCAAGCAUAUCGGGGCGUUGUAUGCCUUUGCUGCUCUGUGGGGGUACGGGUCAGGAUCUUUCUUGUCCAGCACUCCAGGCACAAUGAACUUUAUCGUCAGCUUCUCGCUGUUGGUGACCGUGCCUAUCGGCGGACAGAUGCUCGAAAGCAUGGGCGGGACAGCGCUCUCAGGCUUCUAUCUGGCCAUCGUCUUUCUUGGCGGAGUCUGCUUCUUCGCCGCCCGCGCCCUGCUCCUCGACGGAUGGCUCACUUUCCGGGCCAGGAUUUGA